GCAAAAGGACGUGAAUAUUCACAUCUCAUUAUAACAAUACUAAAUCUAUACAGACGCCAUGGGUUCUUGGGACUGCUAUUGUGCCAUAUGUGGGGGACCGUUUUGCACAUUGUCUGUGGCGCAAAAGCCACGCAGCCAGCGAUUCUUUCGCCGCCACGGUCUUAGCCAACCGCAGUCGUCCAGCUCAGCGCACGCCAAUCAGUCCACAGAAGAUGAUCGCGGAGAUGCAACAGCUGAGACUGGCAAUAAUGGGGCGGCUGAUGCAGCAUCUAUAGAAAAGAUAACAGCGGAAGAUGAACUGGAAGAUGGCUCAUACGACCCUGAUGUUAUAUCUUCAAGAAAGACAGCCUGGUUGGAAGAUCUUCAUAUCCUAAUGAAGGGUGAAGACGAAGAGACAGGAGAAGAAGUUGGGUGUGUUUCAGGCGUUGGCAGAUAUUACGAUUCCGCUCAGGUUGACGUCGAUAAAGGUGACGAUCCCAACUUUGACCCACAAGCUGAGAUAGUCGCCUACGACGGCAGCUUUCCGUUUCACUGGCCCUGUUUUGAGAUUCUCGGGACGGUUCUCGAAGGCAAAGCUGGAAUCAAUGGCUUGAACAAAUUGAAGUUGUACACCACUAUGCGGGCCGCCCAUCCCAUGUUCGCCAGUCGCCUAAACAAGCUCGAUUAUGGUAACCCCGGCCCAGCUUGUGAUCAGUGGUGGUUUUCUGAAGCGGGGAAAGAAUUUGUCGUUAUCCACCCAACAGCUACAUUGAAGAAAACCACUGCACUGAUUCGAGACAGAUGGAUGAAGUGUACUCAAGUGGUCAGCCCUUCUGAUCGCUUGCGUCGUGCCGGCGCAGAUAUUUUUCAGAGACUGCCGUUGGAGUUAUUGGCCAAGACCUGCAACAUGUUGACUCCAGAGUCUCUAUUUCAAUUGGCCUUGGCAUCACCAACUAUUGAUGCUUUGGUGGAAGACAAGCCGUUCUGGAAACAAUAUCUCCCAAUCCAUAUGCCCUGGAGCUUUGAGUUACUAUCACUUUUUGAUGAUGAGUCGCAAACCUUUUUCCACAAUGUCGACUACAAGUCUCUCGUCCGGUGGGUGGACCAAGAGACAACCCCGCGUCUGUGGAUGCGCGGCCCGUUUAUGAGCAUUGCCAAUCGUCGGCGCAUCUGGCACGUCUGCGAACAAAUGGAACCGGUCUACUCAGGGCGCCUUAGAAGGUUUCCAUUAUCGGAAGAAGAGCGGAGACGAUCAGAACUCAUGAUGGCGCGAAUGGGCUUGCCUCCAAGGCAAUUACAGAACAGCUGAAGAUGCAUUUAGCAAGACGUUUUGAAGGGGAUAGGCGGACUGAUGCGCAGCAGCUAAAUGAUCCGAAAUAACAUCAAAUAUAUGGUAUUCUACUAGAACCCUAAGAGCUAUAACAAUAAGGUUCUGCU